CCGAGAUGUGGGAGUGGUGAUUGCUGUGUUUAUAACUGGUAGAGCAGCUUUGCAGCGGGCUCCACUGUCAUCGCGUCCACUCCACACUGCAGCUUCGCCGCGGAGGUGAGUUACUAUUUACUCUGUUACCCCCUGCGGACCUGACAGCGCAGGAGUUUUCAUUUAUCAUCCAGCUUCAACACAACUGUAAGACUAAACGACCCAUGAUAGCAUCGCGGAGACAUCUAGGCUAUUUGACGUUUGUGUUUACAUCUGGAGGACUUUAAGAUCGGCGGUGUUUCUGCCUCCGCAUGGACAUGAAGAACAUGAGAGAGUACAUGAGCUGGCUCUACUACCAGUAUCUGCUCAUCACUGGGAUCUAUGUGCUGGAGCCGUGGGAGCAGUCUAUCUUCAACACCGUGCUCUUCACUAUGGUGGCCAUGGUCAUUUACACCUCCUAUGUGUUUGUGCCCAUCCACGUGCGGCUGGCGCUGGAGUUCUUCUGUGAGCUGGUCGGAGGACAGCCCGAAAGCACAGUGGCCCUCAUGACCUGAAGAUGCGGCAGCGUUUCGAUCCAUCACUCAGGAAAGAAAGCAGAAGCCAGAUGAAAUGAAAAGGUCUUUUUGCAAAAGCCCCUUCAAGUCUUCCACGUUUGACUCGCUUCCUGCUCCAUCCUGGGAGUUUGCUAUUCAAUGGAUUUUUAAUGGGUGGUGCUUCGUAUGGGACGUCUGCCGCAGACUGACUCAAUGGCAAUAUUGAGAUUAACAGGGAAGUUCACUCAAAUAAUGAAAAUGUACUCUCUAUUUACUUUCCCUCAAGGGGUUCCAAAGCUUUAAGAGUUUCUUCUCGUUAAGAGUUUACUUUCUUCUGUUGAACACUAAAGAUAUUGUGAAGAAUGCUGGAAAACCAUUGACUUCCAUAGUAGGACAAACAAAUACCAUGGAAGUCAAUGGUCAGAGGUUUCCAGGAUUAUUUACAAUGUCUCUCUUAGUGUAUAACUGAAGAAAAGAGUGAAGUAAAUGAUGGUAGAAGUUUCAUUUCUGAGUGAACGAUCCCUGUAAUGUCCUUGUCAUCACUGGUUGAUAAUAAGGAAAUCGUUAUUCAUAGUCAUCUUCACACAGUUCGUGUAAACACAUUUGUUUUUAUUGUAGCCGCUUCAGGUUUGGUUUCUGUGCCGCCUUUGCAGUGUAAAGAAGCCUUAUGACUCUGUAUUAGGAGUCCUUGAUCUGACUGAGAUAUGCUGAUUUUAUUUCCCUCACAAGGCAUUUAUUAUUACAUAUACAUUUUUAUAAUUCUUUAUUUUAUAAUCAUCUAUGCAAUGUGUGACCGGUGCACAUGAAGAUGCAGCACAUUCUCAAUGCUGACACUUUUACAAUCCCACCCACUGCAGCGUGGAGGUGUGUGAAAACAGUAUACCGUCACUCGAUCAUUUUGACUUGUUUUUACCCUCAAGAACGUUCCUCGUUUGAAGUAUACCAGGACCUUUAGUGAGACGUGAUUGGUUGAAAACAGCGCACACGCUGAGGUCAUAGUGCGAACACCGAUUGAAUCAUCCACAUGACCACACUGUACUCAGAGUUUUAUACACUCUACAGAAAGUUUGGGCUUCAGUCACCUGACACUGCAUUUUUGUGUGGACAAACGGUGAAACCGCAUAAAAAAGUGCGACUCUGAAAACACCCGUGUUCAUGUGGACAGGGCCUGAGCAUCAACAUGUGACGAAUCUGCAGUGAGAAUGUUGAAAGAUAUGGUGAAGUUCAUUUAUAAACGAAUUUCGAGAGGAUCACGUGCUUAGCUGUUCCAACUUUAGCUAAUUAUCCUACUAGAUGUUCUUUAACUCUCAUCUCGAAAUCUUCGUCUUGAAGAUACCCCCCCCACCCAACCCUACUUUCCCUCCUUUCAAACGGUGGCCAUUGAUUAGAGCUGUUGCCUCACAGCAAGAAUGCCCCUGGUUUAAUCCCCUUCCAAACCAGGCAACAUUUCUGUGCGGAGUUUUGCUCGUUCUCCCCGUGAUCGCGUGGGAGUCGUCCGGUUUCCUCCCACAGUCCAAAAACAAGCCCCCUAAACAAUUAAUCCAAAAUAUUUUAGCCGAACUCUGAGUACACCUUCUCAGCAUCCAUAUCUGACACUUAGCUACAAUAAGCAAGAGGGGGAGUCAUCGAGAUCUACCUGAGCUCAAACUCCCCUCUCGCCUUGCAACGGGAGGGAGCCCAGGGCUCGAGGAUCUUAUAAGCUCAGGGCUCUUUCCCGGGACAGCACGCCAAACAAGCGUUCUUAUCAAUCAUAAGCUAAGUGUGAACUCUUGAAAGCAGGUUUAACGUGCGCUGCACUCGAUCACAGCUCUUUGAAUGCUCGUCAUCCAUCGCUCCUGCCGUCUGAUAUAGAGUUGCAUCAGUUGUUUGCAUGACAUCUGGAGGUUUUCAUCAAAUUAUUGGCACUUGAAUGUUCAUUGUAAUGUUUUCAACUACUAAUAAGAAUGUAGUUAUGUUAGCCGAGAGGCUGAACACAUUUUAAAUCCUGCUCACAGAUUUCCCAGCUAAUCUAGAGCAGUGGUUCUCAAAGUGGGGGUCGGGACCCCCUGGGGGGUCACGGGACAAUGACAAGGGGUCACUUGGGGAUAUCCAAAACUCAAAUAAAUGUUAUUAAACUAUUAAAAUUACCAUAUUUUAUUCAUAACCGACCGAAUAUAAAGAAACAACAACAUAAAAAUAACAAUCAGCCAUCAGCCUUUAAUUUUCAAAGCAAAAUGUAAUUAAAUCCAUAAAUGACUUUAAAAAACAUUAUCUGGCUAAUAGACUGUUGCAUUUUUGUGUUGUCAAUAAGCUCAUGUUUAUAUUUGCCUAUAGUUGUCUGCAACGUUUACAUAUUUACAGUACAAACACCUUGAAAAAUGGGGGUCGCGAGCCACUGAUAUGAUUAUUUUUGGGGUCACAGGCUGAAAAGUUUGGGAACCCCUGAUCUAGAGCACUGUUUUGCUGAGUUAUGAAUGGUUAUCAAAGUUUGUUUCAGCUUUAAGUGAUGUUUUUGUAUUUUUCUUAACUGUCAAUGUGACGCCAUGAGAUUCCUCUUGAUUUGAUGACAACUUUUACAUGGGUAUAAUGUAUUUUUGAGAAAUAAAAGAAUUCGCCAUA